ACAUAUAUAUUUACUUGCUGCUCGUGUAGGAAGCGCACGAGUAUCUUUAGAAUGCUACAUUUAUUUCUUUCUCCAUCAUAUCAAUACACAAUUUGAAUUAUAAAUCAAUGAAGAAAAAUAAAGAGAAAACAAUAUCAGAUGCUCCGGUACCAGAGACAUUAGAUGAAAGAUGUGAAGUGAGCCUCGACACGAUCCUGAUAGAUGAGGUGGGCCAGUUUGGCUGGUACCAGCUGCGGCAGCUGGCGGUGUUGGCAUUGGCCAUCCUUUGUAUUUCUGUGGCUUCCUCCGAGUACAUCUUCACUGCUGGCAGGAUCCCCACCAGGUGUCUGAUCCCGGAGUGCGAGAGUGCCGGGCCGGAGCAGUUCUCCCCGUCAUGGCUGGGGACCGCUGUGCCCGGCACCGACGGCAGGCUCGACAACUGCCAGCGGUACAACUCCACCGGGAUCGCCAACGUCACUGACUCCUGCCCCGCCGACCUCUUUGACCAGCAGACUGUCGUGCCUUGCGACCAAUAUGUCUAUGAACAUACUAACACCGUUGUUUACGACUUCGAGCUGGCAUGCGACGAGUGGCGGCGGUCGCUGAUCGGCUCCCUGCGCACUGUUGGCAUGUUGGUAGCACUGCCACUGGUGGGGCUCGUGUCAGAUUACUGGGGCCGUCGUACUGCGCUUGCGCUCACCGCCGUCAACACCGCCUGGAUCGGUUCUAUCAGAUACUUCGCCAACACCUACAUCGGUUUUAUCGCCUCUCAGUUCCUAGAGUCUGUUUUUGGAUCCGGCGGAUAUUCAUGCGCCUAUAUACUGAUGACAGAGAUAGUUGGCCCCAAGUAUCGCGUGGCCGUCAGCGCUGCAAUGAGCACCAUCUUCGCAACGGGCGGAGUCGUGUGUGGACUGGUGGCGUGGGCUGUGCCCGACUGGAGGCUCUUGACUUUAGCAAUCUACCUCCCACAGUUGUUGGCCAUCUCAUUCUUUUGGAUCAUGCCCGAGUCGGUCCGUUGGUACCUAAGCAAAGACCGCCACGAAGAAGCUCAACAAAUUUUAAAGAGAAUGGCUCGCGUCAAUGGAAAGCAGUUAUCUGAACAAUCAAUGCUUGCAUUAAAGAAAAAUGCCGAAAGAGAAAAACAAAUGUCGGAAAAGGAGACGAUAAGUGAGGAACCCUGGCUAAUAGUGCUCGUGUUCCGACAUAAGCCGAUCCUGCUUCGUUGUUUGGUGUCGCCAAUAUGGUGGAUAACCUGCACUUUAGUCUAUUAUGGUUUAACGAUAAACUCCGUCAAUAUAGCUGGCAAUUCGUACAUAAACUUUAUAGUGGUAACAGCCAUUGAGAUUCCUGGUUUCUGGUUAGCGUUUCUGCUUAUGAACGUAAUUGGCAGAAAGCCUACGCUGAUGAUGUCAUUUUGGAUAUGCUCUGCCUGUCAAUUUGCUUAUCUUUUCGUACCAACUGAUUUGUACGGAGCAUCGUUGGCCUUGUACCUGAUAGGCAAGUGUUCCAUUGCCUCUGUGGCCACAGCCAUGUACGUCUACACGAUCGAGCUGUACCCGACCAAGUACAGACACAGGUUGUUUGCUUUCUCCUCCAUGAUGGGACGUAUAGGCAACAUCAUCGCGCCACUCACGCCGGCUUUUGGUGAUCGACUACCGUUCAUCCUAUUCGGCGGCAUGGCGCUGGUAGCGGGGCUGCUGGUGCUGGUGACGCCGGAGACUCGCGGCGCGCGCUUCCCGGACACCAUGCAGCAAGCUGUCCACAUGACCAACGCAAAGGCCACGCCACGCUUUCGCUGAUUAAUACCUGACGAAACAUCAGUAGACUCACAUACACAAGAUUUCAAUGAAAAGCUCACGUGCUAUCUAGGAGUACCAGCACUAACCUCGUGACUGCGACAUCUGUCCGCUGCCACCAGAAGGUGCAAUGACGUGUGCUUGUCAACGAUCUCAUGUAUUUUACUGACUGCCAUACGCCUUAGAGACAUCAACGUGUCCGCGAUCAGCAUAGUUGUAGUUGGUUAAAUAAUAAUUAGCACGUUCAGAAUCAUCAUCAUCAUCAGCCGUACGACGCCCACUGCUGGGCAUAGGCCUCCCCCAAGGAUCUCCACGACGAUCGGUCCUGCGCUACUAAUACUACGUAUAGAACGGCAACUCUCCGCUCCCCACCAGUACCUGAGCUAGGUUUACCUCACCCUCUCUCGAACAUAUGUAGUUUAGACUUGAAUCGAGAAGGCAGCGCGCGGACCGUUUUUUUUUUUAAUUUUUUUAUCAGUUUAGUUAUGGUACGUUCGAAUUAUGAUUAUGGACGCCAACGUUCUUUCGUCCGAUUCGAAUAUUUGAUUUCAUUGUAAUUUCUCGCGCUGGCUCGCUUGCGCAGCUAUAAAUAUUUAUUUUUCAUUGUGAUUGUUCAUCAAAACAUGGUAAAUAAUUUACAAUAAAAUUGAACCUAAGCUAAAUGCUUAAUGUAAAAAUAAUGUCAAUGCAAUUAAUAAGUUCAGUGACUUUUAAGUCAAGUGUAAAGUCUAUUUUAUUUAUAAUGUGAACCUUCAUUGUUCAAAUUU